UUCAAAUUCACGAGCCAAAACCAAACUCAUUUCUUUUGUUCCGUGUGUUCUCUCUUCUUUCUCACUAAAUAUUAUUCUUUCUUUUAAGUCCCUCUUCACCAUGAAAACUGAAAUAGACACCCUUUGGGUCUUCGCUCUCGCCUCUAGAUGCAGAGUUGAUACCUUUGCAUGGCCAUGGCUGGUCCUUCUCAUUGGCCUGGCCUGGCUCGUCAUGGCCCUCAUCUAUUGGGCCCAUCCCGGGGGUCCAGCCUGGGGUUACUUCCGCUUCCGCCACCACCAACACCGAAAGCCCAUCAUUCCCGGCCCACGAGGCCUCCCCUUCGUCGGCAGCAUGGGCCUGAUGGCCUCCCUGGCCCACCGCCGGCUCGCCGCCGCAGCUUCAUCCCUCGGCGCCAAGCGGCUGAUGGCCUUCAGCCUCGGCGAGACACGCGCCGUGGUCACGUGCCACCCGGACGUCGCCAAGGAGAUUCUCAACAGCGCCGUCUUCGCCGACCGCCCCGUCAAGGAGUCGGCUUACAAGCUGAUGUUCAACCGCGCCAUCGGUUUCGCUCCGUACGGCGUGUACUGGAGAACUCUGAGAAGAAUCGCCGCCAACCACCUCUUCUGCCCCAAGCAAAUCAAAUCCUCGGAGAAUCAGAGGCGACAAAUCGCCGAUCAAAUGGUCCAAAACCUCAUAAAAAACAGUACUUCUUCUUUCUCCGUACGAGGAAUUCUCAAACGGGCUUCGUUGAACAACAUGAUGUGGUCGGUGUUCGGACAGAUGUACGGAAUCGAAGAGACGAUCAAUGAAGUGGAAGAAGUGAGGGGAUUGGUGGAGGAAGGGUACGAGCUGUUGGGGGUUCUGAACUGGUCCGACCACCUUCCGUGGGCGGCGGAGUUCGACGCUCAGAGGAUCGGGUUCCGGUGCUCGAGACUCGUGCCGAAAGUGAACAGGUUUGUCGGCGGAAUCGUGGCGGAGCACCGUCGGAAAAACGGUGAAAGUGGCAAUGAUUUUGUUGAUGUUUUGCUUUCCCUCAAUGGACCUGAUAAGUUGUCCGACUCCGAUAUGAUCGCCGUCCUUUGGGAAAUGAUAUUUAGAGGAACAGAUACUGUUGCGGUACUGAUUGAGUGGAUCCUAGCGAGGGUGAUCCUUCAUCCUGAUAUUCAGUCAACAGUCCAUGAUGAGCUAGACAGAGUUGUGGGGAGAUCAAGAUCCGUUUCCGAAUCAGACAUGUCCGAAUUAGUUUAUCUAACGGCUGUGAUUAAAGAAGUGCUAAGGCUACACCCACCGGGCCCACUGCUCUCCUGGGCCCGCCUUGCCAUCACGGAUACGACAAUUGAUGGGUAUCUCGUGCCCAAGGGGACCACAGCAAUGGUGAAUAUGUGGGCCAUAUCUAGGGACCCUGAAUUUUGGGUGGACCCACUGGAAUAUAAGCCCCAGAGGUUCAUGACAAAAGAGAACGAGCCCGAGUUUUCGGUAUUUGGGUCGGAUCUCAGACUCGCACCGUUCGGUUCGGGCAGGAGAACCUGCCCGGGAAAGACUCUUGGGUUGACGACGGUUGCCUUUUGGGUGGCGUCACUAUUGCACGAGUUCGAAUGGCUGCCCGACGGUCAGAAUAGCGUUGACUUGUCCGAGGUUCUGAGGUUGUCGUGUGAGAUGGCCAAUCCACUCACGGUUAAGGUGCGCCCCAGGCGUAGGAUAAUAAAUCCCUCUCACUAAAAUGGCAUGGAGGAAAAAAAAUAUAGAUAGAGAAAGAGAAGGAAAGAGAAAAGAGGAAAAAAAAAAAUACUAAUAUUUGAAGUAAAAGAGGUUUACAUUUUGGCUUUAAGUUGCUUGGUGGCUGCCUGGCUGGGGCUAUCAUUAUAAUGGAUCUAAAAGUAGCUAUAUAUAAGCAUAUAUGGAGGUGUUUUAUAUAAGGACUAAGAGGAUGUUUGGCAUGAGAA